GAGAGAGAGGGAGCAAAGCUGAGUUGCCUUUGAUACUGGUGCAUUAGUCCUGCUUGUCAGCACAUGCAAUCCACUUUCUACAACAAAAUCGACUUUGGACCCCAAAUUUACCUCACCCACAAGAAAAGCACACCCACCUCCCAUAAAUUUCAUACCAUCCUCUUCCUCGUCCUCUCCCUUUCUCGUUUUCUCAUCCCCUCCCUCUUUGUCUUUUAGAUCAAACCACUCUCUCAUUUCUUCCUCAAUAUUCCCCACUCAAGUGCACAAACACAACCAAGUCUCAUGGAACACCAUACCAAAUCUCUCAUCCAUUUAUAUUAUCAUCACAUUAGCUAACUACACAUAUCCCUCAAAACCUAGCUUCCAAACCAACACCUUGGUUCAAAUUAACACCACCACCACCACUAUACCACCUUUCUACCCUAGAUGCCAACAACAAAGCCAUGAUCAAACUCAUUUUAAAAAAUAGUUUAUCACUAUUGUUUUAGUCGCAACGUCUAGGUUUUUGAAGUCUCUAGUUACAUCAGUCGUAUUUGUCUGCAAUUUCUCACGACAUCAAGGAUCGUGGCGAGAUUACAACAUCGCGAUCGCAAUUUAAAACCUUGUUGAGUACUAAUUCUGCAUCCCCUAAGAUGAGAACAGGAAGCUGCGCCGUGCAACAGGGUCUAACCCCAGAAGCUGCGAGCAUAGUGAAGCAAGCAGUGACACUUGCGAAGCGUCGUGGCCACGCGCAAGUGACACCCCUCCACGUGGCAAACACCAUGCUCUCUAUCACAAACGGGCUUCUGAGAACCGCGUGUCUCCAAUCCCACUCUCACCCUCUUCAGUGCAAGGCCUUGGAGCUUUGCUUCAACGUUGCGCUGAAUCGCUUACCAGCUUCAACUUCUUCGAGUCCCAUGUUGCAGGGCUCUCACCACCACCACUCUCACUCGUGUCCCUCUAUCUCAAACGCUUUGGUGGCUGCGUUCAAACGCGCUCAAGCGCACCAACGACGUGGAUCCAUCGAGAAUCAGCAACAACCUCUCUUGGCAGUGAAGAUAGAGCUCGAGCAACUCAUUAUUUCGAUCUUGGAUGACCCUAGUGUUAGCAGGGUCAUGCGAGAGGCUGGAUUCACCAGCACUCAGGUGAAAAGCAACGUUGAACAAGCGGUUUCUUUGGAAAUAUGUUCGCAGAAUAAUGGUAGUAAUAUUAAGGCAAAGGAAAACAAUAGUGGUGGAGAGAAAGGGUUGGUGUUGGAUGCCAUUAGGGGUGAGGAUGUUGCUAGUGUUAUUGAUAAUUUGGGGAGUGAGAGAAAGAAAAGUGUUGUGAUUGUGGGAGAGUGUGUUACUAGUCUUGAGGGUGUAGUUAGAGGAGUGAUGGAAAAGGUUGACAAAGGGGAUGUUGGUGAGUGUCUUAGGGGAGUCAAGUUCAUCUCUCUUUCUCUUUCUUCUUUUGCAAGUGUUUCCAGAGUGGAGGUUGAGCAAAAGGUGGAGGAGCUUAGGGGUCUUGUGAAGGCAAGUGAACAUAGCAAAGGGUAUGUUUUAUAUUUGGGGGAUCUCAAAUGGGUGUUUGAUUUUAGGGCUCGUGGAUCGCAAGGGAGAGCGUGUUACUGUCCUGUGGAUCACAUGGUGGUGGAGAUUGGGAAGAUGGUGAGUGGAGUUGAAGAGAAUGGUGGAAGGUUUUGGGUGAUGGGUGUUGCAACUUUUCAAGCUUACAUGAGAUGCAAAAAUGGCCAUCCAUCGUUGGAAACUCUUUGGGGUCUCCAUCCUAUUACUAUUCCUGCAGGAAGCUUGCGCUUGAGUCUCAUCACUGACAGUGGUCUACAACACCAGCCCACAAACAAGAAAGCUGACAACAGAACUAGCUGGCUCUUACUCGAAGGAGUGGGGGAUGAUCACAAACAACAACCUUGCUUCGCGGAACCUUCUACCAAGAAUGAGACCGAAGUUCGAAGCUUGCAAAGCAGUACUUGUAAUAGUGACUCCUCAAGUCCAACCCUCCCUGCAUGGCUCCAACAGUACAAAAAUGAGAAUAAAGGAAUCACCUAUAAUGAUCAGAACUGUGUUCCAGUGGGAGAGCUUUGCAAAAAGUGGAAUCCAAUGUGUUGUUCAAUCCAAAAGCAACCUUAUCCUUCGGAAAAAACCCUCACAUUAUCUUCGGUUUCACCCUCUUCAUCAACCUCAGGCUUCUCAUACGAACAUCAACACCCUAAUGUGCACCAAACCCAUCAAGAGUGGCACGUGGCAGAACCCAAAGACUCAUUGAGCAACCACCAUUUCUGGAACACUAGCAAUGGUUGCAACCCCAACGAACCCACUUUGAGAGUGUACAUUCCAGAAAACAAUGAAACCACUAAGCAACCAUUCUCAUCAUCACCCAACCCAAGUUCCAACCCUAAUUCCGCUUCUUCCAGUGACGUCAUGGAAGUGGAGCACGUGUGCAAGUUCAAAGAGCUAAGCUCAGAGAACCUGAAAACACUGUGCAACGCUUUGGAGAAAAAAGUGCCGUGGCAGAAAGAUAUAAUACCAGAAAUCGCAACCACCGUUUUGCAAUGCCGUUCUGGUAUAGUGAGAAGAAAAGGGAAAGUGCGAAACAGUGAAGUGAAAGAAGAAACGUGGUUGUUUUUCCAAGGUGUUGACGUGGAAGCCAAAGAGAAAAUAGCACGAGAACUGGCUCGGCUUGUUUUCGGGUCCCACAACGACGUCGUUUCCGUUGCACUUAGCAGUUUCGCGUCAACAAGAGCGGAUUCAACUGAGGAUUGUAGCAGGAACAAAAGAUCAAGAGAAGAAACAAGUUGCAGUUACAUUGAGAGGUUCGCUGAAGCUAUCUCUUGUAACCCUCAUAGGGUUUUUCUCGUUGAAGAUAUAGAGCAAGCGGAUUAUUGUUCUCAAAUUGGUUUCAAAAGGGCCAUUGAGAGAGGAAGAGUUGUGGAUUCAAACCGUGAAGAGGUUUCGCUUUGUGACGCAAUCAUCAUUCUGAGCUGCGAAAGCUUCAGUUCAAGGUCAAGGGCUUGUUCUCCUUCGGUCAAACAAAAAUCGUUGACCGAAGACAAUGUUGCUACUUUGGAGGAGACAAGCCCUUGUGUUUCUUUGGAUUUGAAUAUUUCCAUUGAUGAUGAAAACGAGGUUGAGGAUCGCUCAGUGGAUGAAAUCGGGCUUCUUGAAUCCGUAGACAGAAAGAUUAUCUUCAACUAUCAGGAAUUGUGAGGAAAAGAAUUUCAGGAAAACUUUUUUUUUUCUUUUUUUCUUUUUUUCUUUUUAGUUUAGGCUUCUUUUAAUUCUCUUUAUUCAUCAUGUCUUUGUAUUCUCAGGCAUUUCCUAGGGCUAGGGAUGAAAGAAAUUAAUUGCGUGCCCUUUAAUUUUAUUUUGUAACUAGAUAUGUAUAUUAUUACCAAGUAUAUCUAACUAUAUAUCUCUGUUA